UUUUACAUUGUGCUACACUAGUUUAAAUCUUAACAAUUAUGAAUAAGUGUUUAUUACUUAUCGUGCAAUUAUUCCUUAUAGGACAUUUUAAAGUUUCUGGGAUUCAUCGAUUCGGUUACAGCAAUUACGAACAGCGCAACUGGCGAAGAGAACACAUUUCUUGCGGUGGCGAAAUGCAAUCGCCAAUACGAAUCGAUAGUUUUAAAGCGAUCCCUUUGCGAAUGCCCGCUUUAGAGAUGAUUCGAUUUCACGAUUAUUUACCAGGCCCUUUAGACCUAACAAACAACGGUCAUUCCGUUACUUUGAGUCUUCCAAAAUUGCCCGAAGACGAUCCGUACCAAAAAUAUAUUCCGUAUGUUUUUGGGGCGAGAUUACAUAACGAAUACGUAUUAGAGGGUCUGCAUUUUCAUUGGGGCGAUACUAAUAAUCAAGGAUCUGAACAUAUUUUUAAUGAUAUUCGAUUUCCAAUUGAGAUGCAUAUUAUUUAUAGGAAUAGGAAGUAUGAUACUGUUGGUGAUGCUUUAAAUUAUACGGAUGGGUUGACAGUUUUGGGAUUUUUCUUUCAAAUAAGUGAAAAAGAAAAUAAAGGCUUAUCCAACAUCGUUCGCAACUUAAAACACGUUUAUUCAGUAAACACUCGUUACAUGUUAAACGAAACGUUUACUUUAGCCUCUUUAUUACCGUCAUCAGAUGACAUGGAACGAUUUUACACUUACAAAGGUUCAUUAACAACUCCACCGUGUUCCGAAGCUGUUACGUGGAUCUUAUUUCCGGAUCCUUUACCGAUUUCGGUUUAUCAAAUGAACAAGUUCAGAAAUUUAGCGUCGGAUACAAACCAAACUCCCAUCGUGAAAAAUUACAGAAAGUUGCAAAAAAUUGGUAGUAGACGAGUCUUUGUUAGAAAGAUGAAAGACAAGAUUCGUUAUCACAAAACUAACGAAACUAUUUCUUAUGAUAAAUGGGACUGGAUGAUGCGCCCUAAACGAUCUAAAGUUUAACAUUAAAUUAUUUCUUUAAGAAUUUAUUUUUAUUUAAUAUUAAUUGUUGAUGAUGUUCAUCCUUUAUAUUAGGAUUUUUAAUUUUUUAUAUGAUAUGUAAAAAUAUAUCUAUUGAGUGUU